AUGGCCACCUAUGCGCAACCUGGAACGAAGCGGCAGAAAGUGAGAGAGAGAAUCGAUAAUGUCGAUUAUUUUCAAGGUAUUGACAAAGUGGAGUACAACAGCACAGCGAGUCACUCCGACACAGCUAGCUACCGGCACUACAGCGCGGGGGAGCGGGUUCACUCCCGGCCUAUGGAGGACUGGAUGAAGAUCAGCGUGUCGUUCACCGACUUCCGGAACCAUGGUCCAGAAAUCUUCGGCAGGCCCCAAAACCGUCCAUGGGACGACGGCACACACACUAUCGACAACCAGAAGCGUUGCCUUAAAGCCCUCUUCGACCUGAUGACGAAACUGGGCAUCAAAUACUGGACGGCAUUCGACUCUGACUUGGUACCUUAUGGGGACAAUUGGGAGGAAUAUAAGGUCCAGUGGGACGAUAUGGUGGAGUUUGUGGUGGAGUUGGCGCAGCGGAGCCAUGUGAAGCUGCUUUGGUUGGCGCCUGAUCUGCACUCUCAUGCUAGAUACUCUUCCGGAGCAAUGACGAACCAUGACGCGUCAACGUUUAUCCACGCGGCGUCACAGAUAAAAAAAUGCAUGGAAGUGUCACAACGACUCGGCGCGGAGACGUUUCUUCUCUGGCCCCAAAGAGAGGGGUAUCACGCUGUCUUCCAAACGGAUGUUCCUAGAGAAGUCAAGCUGUUUGCCAAGAUGAUGAAGAUCAUUGCCGAUUAUAAGGAGCGGCUGAACUACAGAUGCCAGCUGCUUAUAAUGCCGUAUUACAGCCGUAAUCUCCGCGAUUACAACUGUAAUCCGUGGCAGUGGCAUGAUGAAGACAGGAUCCACUCUUACAUGUGGGACGUCACCAGCUGCUUGUAUUUCCUCAAGAAUUAUAACUUGGAUCGCUAUUACAAAGUUUGCAGCAUACCCGGGCAUCAGAUGUAUAUGGCUAAUGUAUACAAUAUGCUGGGUGGAGUCAGUAUUACCAACGACUUUGAUCACUGUAUCGGAAAAAAGUUAACAUUGAUGAUGAAAUGCAUCGUAGAUCAGGGCUCGCCGCCCCCGGCUGGUAUAAAUCUGCAGCUGCGCGCGCGCCGGGACAGCGACUUGCGCGACAUGACCGCUUUAUACGUUAAAUAUAUCGACGCUGUCGCCAGGGGGCUGCGCGUCGCUUGCAGCAUUGUCAGUGAACAAGUCUUCUCUAAGCACUUACAGCAACGCUAUGGCACGUACUAUAGCGGGCUGGGAUCGCGCCUCGUCAGCGGAGACGUGUCUAUGGAGGAGUGCGAGGAGUAUUACAAAAAGAACCAAACCGUUGAGGUGUCGUGCCCUAAGAGUGAACAUUUGGACGUGUUGUUCCAGAGAUACCUGAACGCCUGUGACCAUAUCUGA